GUGACGUACAAAUGGCUGAGCUUUACUCUGGGAGUUCAUGUCAACCAGGCUAAACAGAUGCUGUAUGACUAUGUAGAAAGGAAGCGAAAGGAAAAUUCAGGAGCUCAGCUGCAUGUCACCUAUUUAGUGGCAGGAAAUCUCAUUCAGAAUGGACACACUUGCCACAAGGUUGCAGUAGUGAGAGAGGAUAAACUGGAAGCAAUGAAGUCUAAGCUAUCCACAAUUGCUAGUGUGCAUGUCUACAGCAUUCAGAAAGCCAUGCUGAAGGAUAGUGGGCCCCUCUACAACACGGACUAUGAUAUCAUCAAGUCAAACCUGCAGAACUGCAGCAAGUUUAGUGCCAUUCAGUGCACUGCUGCAGUCCCCAGGACGUCAGCUGAAGUUUCUCAAGUUCAUACUUCUGUACAGGCUGAUUCCCAGACACCAAAUGACACACAUGCUGUCAAUGGGCCUACAAUCAAUGGUCAUGCCUCAUCAACUGCUAAGCAUCCCUCCCCUCCACCCAAAGGGAUCAUGGGAAUGUUUGCUACAAAAUCAGCUUCCAAAUCCCAAGAUACAAAUAAAGAAAGUAAACCAGAGUCCAAAGAGACAACAGGUGCAACUACAGUAAGCAGCAAACCACCAACUAAAGGGAAUGCAAUGAGCAACUUUUUUGGAAAAGCUGCCAUGAAUAAGCUUAAAGUCAGCUCUGAGUCUGAACAGCCAAAGGAAGAAAAAACAGUUGCCAAGCCCUCCGUUUCUACAGUGGAACCCAAAUCACCCCCCAUUGCCACACUGGAGAAACCUGGGAAAAAAAUGGAGCCUGUGAAAAUCCAGCAAAAGGACAAAAGAAGAGUGAAGAGGGUGGAUAUGACAGAUAAUGAGGAGAAGGAGGAUGAAAAUCUGAAGAAAAAGAGGAGGCGAAUCAAACGGCCUCAGUCUGACAGCAGUGAAGAUGAAGAUAUCUCAGUAUCUCCCACUCCUCCGGAAGCUAACGCCCCCUCGCCUUCUCCAGAGCCUGCACUGAAGAUUGAACUAGAGCCGACAACCACUGAGGCUCCGACUGGAGGGAAGAAGCGGAAACGGAAGCGUGUGCUGAAAUCCAAAACGUUUCUGGAUGAUGAAGGCUGCAUGGUGACUGAAAAGGCUUACGAGAGCGAAUCCUGUACAGAUAGUGAUGGGGAAGUCACCAAAGCCAAGCUGCCAGCUGCACUCGGUCCGUCCACGUUGGCUGGGAAGAAAGAACCCAAGGAGGAACGGAAAGGCCUGAAGAAAGGGGUAGCCCCAGCCAGCAAAGCAAACAAACAAGUGUCCAUCAUGGGCUUCUUUCAGAAGAAAUGAACUGAAUCUCUCCCCACGAUCCCUGGGCAGCUUGGAAAUGUCGCUCCUUUCAGUAGCUUUCUAUAAGCCUCAGCUUUGGAGGAGAACAACCCGACGGGCUAUCCUGGUGGGAAACAUCUAGCUUCCUGUGUAAAUAAGCUCUCCAGACCAGGUUUUACAUCAGAAAACGUAACUGUAUCCAUUACCGUUUAAUUCUGUCUUCUGUGCUAUGCUUUUGAAAGCAGCGGCUGGGAGCAAACUCUAGAGGAACACAUGGAGCUCCGUUAACUUGUUUACAUGAUGACAUUUUAAUUUUUUUUAAGCAUGGCCUGUGACCUGUCCAGAACUAAGGCCUGUUCCAUGAGUAGCUGGAGAAAAUAAGAAGCUAAUCCUUUUAGUGGAAUCAUUUGAUCUUUUUUUCCUGUUUAAAUGUUCAGGUUGGUUAAAAACUGUCGUGUAACAGGCUCACACCCCAAUGUUGAACAACUGCCUACAGCUGUAACUGGAUGAAAUCAAUUUGAUUUCCCACUCAAGACAGGUAAAUAGUUUUCUCUCUGCCUUUAUAAUCUUUGUUGGACAAAGUACCACAUAAAAUUCUUUCAACUGUU